CACCACUCUGGGGCUCCCGAGGCGGCCUCUCGUGCGAUCAAGGGUGCGCAGGGCCGGGAGAGCGACCUGGGGCCCCUCUUCUGGGCGCCGGAGUUCGGAAGAGGGUGGGUCCCCGCCGCCCAAGAGCAAGAGCGCGAGAGGAGCCGGAGAAAGGAGCGCCCGCUCGCCCGCCGCCUCGCUGCCACCCCGGCGCUCGCUCUCCCGGCUCCUAGGUUUGCUGGCUGCUCCUCCCACCCGCGCCCGCCUCUUUGCUCGCGCUCGAGCCGGUUUCCGAGCCCCGCGGUGCGCCCGGGCGAGUGCGGGGCGAGGGGCCCCGGGGCCAGCGCCGAGCCGGGGGCGGGGGUCCGGGCAGAGCGCAGCCGGCCGGGGAGGGGCCAUGUCCGGCGCGGGCGCAGAGGGGCCCGUCUACAGCAAGUGACCGAGCGGCGUGGACGGCCGCCUGCCCCGCUCCGUCACCUGGGGCGGCGCGGGCCCCGGUGCCGGGUGCCCGGAGCCCGGGUCGCGCGUAGAGCCGGCGCGAUGCACGUGCGCUCGCUGCGCGUCGCGGCGCCCCACAGCUUCGUGGCGCUCUGGGCGCCCCUGUUCCUGCUGCGCUCCGCCCUGGCCGACUUCAGCCUGGACAACGAGGUGCACUCAAGCUUCAUCCACCGGCGCCUCCGCAGCCAGGAGCGGCGGGAGAUGCAGCGCGAGAUCCUCUCCAUCUUGGGCUUGCCCCAUCGCCCGCGUCCCCACCUCCAGGGCAAGCACAACUCGGCGCCCAUGUUCAUGCUGGACCUGUACAAUGCCAUGGCGGUGGAGGAGGGCGGCGGGCCCGACGGCCAGGGCUUCUCCUACCCCUACAAGGCCGUCUUCAGUACCCAAGGCCCCCCUCUGGCCAGCCUGCAAGACAGCCACUUUCUCACCGACGCCGACAUGGUCAUGAGCUUCGUCAACCUCGUGGAACACGACAAAGAGUUCUUCCACCCACGUUACCACCACCGGGAGUUCCGGUUUGAUCUUUCCAAGAUCCCAGAAGGGGAAGCGGUGACCGCAGCCGAAUUCCGGAUCUACAAGGACCACAUCCGGGAACACUUCAGUAACGAGACGUUCCGGAUCAGCGUUUACCAGGUGCUGCAGGAACACUUGGGCAGGGAGUCGGACCUGUUUCUGCUCGACAGCCGCACCCUCUGGGCCUCGGAGGAGGGCUGGCUGGUGUUCGACAUCACGGCCACCAGCAACCACUGGGUGGUCAACCCACGGCACAACUUGGGCCUGCAGCUCUCGGUGGAGACUCUGGAUGGGCAGAGCAUCAACCCCAAGUUGGCAGGCCUGAUCGGGCGGCAGGGGCCCCAGAACAAGCAGCCCUUCAUGGUAGCCUUCUUCAAGGCCACCGAGGUCCACCUCCGCAGCACCCGCUCCACGGGGGGCAAGCAGCGCAGCCAGAACCGCUCCAAGACACCCAAGAACCAGGAAGCCCUGCGGGUGGCCAACGUCGCAGAAAACAGCAGCAGCGACCAGAGGCAGGCCUGUAAGAAGCACGAGCUGUACGUCAGCUUCCGGGACCUGGGCUGGCAGGACUGGAUCAUAGCGCCCGAAGGCUAUGCCGCCUACUACUGCGAGGGGGAGUGCGCCUUCCCUCUGAACUCCUACAUGAACGCCACCAACCAUGCCAUCGUGCAGACACUGGUGCAUUUCAUCAACCCGGAAACGGUGCCCAAGCCUUGCUGUGCUCCGACUCAGCUCAAUGCCAUUUCCGUGCUGUACUUUGAUGACAGUUCCAACGUCAUCCUGAAGAAAUACAGAAACAUGGUCGUCCGGGCCUGUGGUUGCCACUAGCCCCUCCUGGAAGUCAGACGCUUCGGGGCCACGUUUUUCCAGAUCCUGGGCCCCUCGCCGCCCAGCAUCUCCCACCACCUCGGCGAGGAGCCCGCAGCCCAGCCGCCUUUCGCGAGGCCUUCCCGUCCCCCUCUCCAACUGCAGCGCUGUAGGAGUGUUCAGGAAUUUGAGAGGCAGAUGGCUUUUGAUCCGUUUUUCGUUGGCAUCCUACAGACAAGAUCCUACAAGCUGCUGCAGGGAAAACAUAUAUCAAGAAAAAUUGCCGGGCCCCGAUCGCCGGCUGCGAGGUCUCAGCUGUGCACCGACUCGUUCCCAGGGGUAAUGAUGACACCCUUCGGCCCGGCCACCAGCAGCGGGGGGAAGGGGCUGCGGCCCGGGGUGGGCACGUUCGUCUCUGUGCGAGAGGGAGAGUAACGCGGAAGUCCCUGUAAUAAAUGUCACAAUAAAACGAAUGAAUGAAAA